UUAGUCGUAAGGUUGUCGGCAACCAAUGGAUCGUUCAAACGAUAGUAGCAAGUAUUGGUAAUGCGGAUCCAGGGGGUAUAUAUGCUGGUGGUAUGCUAGCGAGUGUAAACAUUCAGUCGUUAGAGCUUAAACGACGUUCCAGCAUGUACGGACAACUGAUCAUUUUGAUCGUUGCGAUUGUAAUUAAUCCAAUCGCAUCAGCACCAGCGGACAAUGUAAUUCCUAUUGUAAGUCAAUCACAAGAUGGACCAAAUCCUGAUGGAUCGUACAAAUGGUCUUAUGAAUCUGGAAAUGGAAUUAAAGCACAAGAAGAAGGGCAACUUGAAAAUGCUGGAACAGAAAAUGAAGCUAUGAAAGCUGUUGGUGAAUUUUCUUAUACAGGUGAUGAUGGUGUACCAAUAUCUUUAAAAUAUGAUGCUGAUAAGGACGGAUUUAAACCUGAAGGUGCUCAUAUUCCAACACCGCCACCUAUUCCUGUAUUGAUUCAAAAAGCGCUCGACUGGAUUGCUGCGCAUCCUUCCGCAGAAAAUCAAGUUUAAAGAUUGGAAUGUGAAUUUAAAUAAUCUCACUCACGUGUUUAUAUAUAAUUAACUUCUCAUGUUUAUGUACACUUUAAUUAUCUCAAGGGACUUAUUACGAUGUUAUUUGUAUAUAUUUAUUGUGUUUAUUUCGUAUUUCGCAAAUAUAUCGAUAAAUAAAACACUUUUAGUGUGUCGAUUGAAAAACAAAAAAAGUUCUCGUGAGCGUUUAUUACUCCAAAAUCAUUUUCAAAAUGAAAUUCAUUGAUUUUUAUCAACAAAAAUCUUUUAACGAUCAAUUUACAUAAUUGUAGAAUUUUUUUUUAUAUGCCUAGUUAAUUUUAAUGAUAUGAAAAGA